AUGCUCCCUGCCACCCCCGGGGCAGUGGUACGGCCCACUGCCGGCCAAUGCGGGCACGGCGUUUCCCCGCUGCCCGCCUCUGAUUGGCUCCUUCGCUGCGGACCGCGGCUCCUCCUCCCCGGCGCACGGAGGGAGCCAAUGGGGGCUGCGCGGCGCGGCGGGAAGAUGGCGGCCGGCGGCAGCAGCGGGGGCCCGGGCGCUCCGUGCCGGCACCACGCGCAGCUGGGAGCGUGCGCGUCGCGCGCCAAGUACCGCGAGGGGUGGCGGCCGCGCGCCGUGAAGGUUUACACUAUCAACUUGGAAUCUCGCUAUUUACUGAUACAAGGAGUUCCUGCAUUAGGUGUUAUGAAGGAGUUAGUUGAACAAUUUGCAUUAUAUGGUGCCAUUGAGGAAUAUCAUGCUCUAGAUGAAUAUCCAGCAGAGCAGUUUACUGAAGUGUACCUUAUAAAAUUCCAAAAACUGCAAUGUGCAAGGGUGGCCAAGAAAAAAAUGGAUGAACGCAGUUUCUUUGGUAGUUUGCUGCACGUGUGCUAUGCUCCAGAAUUUGAAACAGUCCAAGAAACUAGAGAGAAGUUGCAGGAUAGAAGAAAGUAUAUAGCAAAAGCAACAAAUCAAAGAGAUUGCUUUGUGUUAAAGAAAGUAGAAGGCCCCAAGAAGACAGCCUCAAAGAGCUCUGAGCAUGACUGUUCACAGAGUACAUCAGGAUCAAGUAUAGCCAGUGACUGGGAUUCAUCCUGCUUUACAAGUCAUCCUGGGGUAUCCCACAACACAGCAUAUCCAUCUGGGAAUCAGAAUCAGAGUCGGUUAACAUCUCCACACUAUGAUAACAACUGUGCUGAAAUUUCUGGGUACUUUGGUCAAAACACAUCUUUAACUCCAAGUGUACAUCCAGGAGUGUACACUACACCAGCUCCCUUAAUGCAGCAAAGAAUGGUUCCAGCUUGCAAUGGAAUUGACAGGUUUAUGCCUCGUACAACUCACCUACAAGAACGUAAGAGGAAGAGAGAAGAAGGUAACAAGUUUUCCCUCAUUGGAACAAGUGAGGACAAUACUGAAAUUGUUAUUGGUCCACAACUACCAGAAAUACCUAAAGUGGAUAUGGAUGAUGAGUCUUUGAAUACUUCAGCUACAUUAAUUCGAAAUAAGCUGAAAGAGGUAGCAGAUUCUGUUUCAACGUCUGUGGAAAAACCAGAGAGCAGCUCAGCCAAACCAGUUGUAAAGCAGAGAAGAAGAAUAUAGAUACUGCUGGCAGUAUCUUCUAACAGUCCUUUUGUAAAGAAUAUAUUUUAAAUAUGUAUUUUUAAAUGUAAAAAAUAAAAUUUUCUUAUACUGUA